CUCACUCCACGCAGCAUUAAUGAACUGUUUCGUGAAUACCUGCUAGACAAUUCCACAACCGCAUCUCUUUGAUCUUGCGCCGCUAUUAAAAUUUCACCGAGAACAGAAAGGCUCUAAACGAUAUUAUCCCUAUCACGAGACGCAGAGUCAAAGCCUUGGUUUGAAGCUUGGAGAAUCUGAGAGACUGACCGAAUGUCCCUCAGCUAUGAACCCACACCUACUGAGUCUAUGUAACUGGGAUCAGCGUACUAUUCUGCCUACUGUCCAACGUGACUUGUCUCACUCCGGGUCGCCGACGCUUGUCUGUACUGAUGACGAAACCGAAGUUGAGGAUCCACCGGCACCCCUCAAGAAGAAGGCAAGCAGGGGACGGUCUGCCAGAUCUGUCAAAAGAGAUUUCUUAAGACCAAGUUCUCUGACCGUUCACAUACGGACACACAGUGGUGACAAACCUUAUCAGUGUCCUUUUCCUGGAUGUGAGCGUGACUUCAAUGUCAAGUCCAACAUGCACAGACAUCUGAAGAAGCAUUCCACAACGGACACAUUUAACCCAUCAACAUAUGUACCCCCCGAAAGCAAGGGAAGAUUUGCUUCAUCAUUUGAUCCGUCACAUAUAGCUGUGAACAUGAUUUUGAAUGUCAAGGUCAGUCUCUGGCUGGCUUCCAGGUGAGGACCAAUAGCUUUAGUUUUCAAGGCACUAGGCACCGAAUU